CCGCUGGCUCCUCCCCCCUCCUCUCCCUCUCCUUUCCCUUGUUUUGAAUAAACUUUCUGGGGAAGCCGGAGGGGGAAACCAGGACCGUGGGCCUCGCGGAGGCCUCUGGAGCCGCGGAGAAGCCCAAGGAGCCGCUUGACCCUGAGAAGGCCGCCGUCCCCGCUCUGGAGUAGAGCCUGCCUCCCGGGAGACGGUUCCGGGACCCGGCCCUGGGAAUCACCAGCGCUUCGGGUCUGGCUCCAGGCCUUGGAGAGAGACGAAGGGGCGCCCUCCGAUCCUGGGGACGGAGGGCCCCGAAACAAAACUCUUGGGGGCAAAGAGGUGGGAGCGAGGCUCGUCGCCUUUCCUGGAAGCAACCAAAGCCGAACUUGGUUCUGCCCCAAACGCUCCUUUGUCAGCCUUGACCAUUUCUUCUGGAAAGUGAAGACUGAGGGGAAAAGUUGGACGUUCUGAAGUGGAUCCUUCCUCCCAAAUAUACCUGGGAAUCUUGCUCCAGAAACAAAGGUCAUCCUUUUUAUUUUUAGGAGAGGGAAAAAAAGAGCCUGAAGUUCUCAGCAUGUGUUUUGUGGAAAAAAGGAAGAGCUGAGAGCAGGUUGGAGAGAUUGUGCAGAUUCUUGAAGGAACCUAUAAAAGUUUAGGUUGCCUAGAGACACUCUGCAGGUGAUGCCCCUUAUUUUUAGGGGCCUGCGAAAGAGAAGAGGCAGACCUGGACAGAAUUUUGCACUCAACAUUGGUGAUCCUGAUGUGGAUGAAACAUCGAGGGCCCCCUUACUAACUGGGGGACACAGAGACUUGACUUCGGACUUGAGGAUGAAUGGCUGUAGCAGGCCAACCGUCUUCUGAUUCCUGAGGCGCCUUCCUUGCCUUGGAGGGGAAGCAGCCACCAUGGCCUCUGUCCCGGUGUAUUGUCUCUGCCGCCUGCCCUACGAUGUCACCCGCUUCAUGAUCGAGUGUGACGUUUGCCAGGACUGGUUCCACGGCAGCUGUGUUGGAGUAGAAGAGGAUGCGGCAGCUAACAUUGACCUGUAUCACUGUCCCAACUGCCAGCUACUUCAUGGACCAUCUGUCAUGAAACGACGCCGGGGGACCUCAAAGCAUCCGGACUCCUCUGUGAGCAAAGAGGUUGGCAAGACUGUGAAGACAGGCAGUACUCAAUUUGUCAAGGAACUUCGCAGCAGGACGUUUCCUAGUGCUGACGAGGUGAUCCUAAAGCCAAGUGGGGCCCAGCUGACUGUGGAGUUCCUGGAGGAGAACAGCUUCAGUGUGCCCAUCCUCGUCCUUAAGAAGGAUGGACUGGGCAUGACCCUUCCUCCGCCUUCGUUCACUGUGCGAGAUGUGGAGCAUUACGUAGGUGCAGACAAAGAGAUUGAUGUGAUUGACGUAACCCGCCAGGCUGACCUCAAGAUGCGCCUGGGUGACUUUGUCAGCUAUUAUACCAGCAACCGCAGGGAAAAGGUUCUUAAUGUCAUCAGCCUGGAAUUCUCUGAGACAAGGCUAUCUAACUUCGUGGAGACACCAAAGAUUGUGCGCAAACUGUCCUGGGUGGAGAACCUUUGGCCGGGGGAGUCCGUGUUUGAACGGCCCAAUGUGCAAAAGUACUGCCUAAUGGGGGUGCGGGACAGCUACACAGACUUCCACAUUGACUUUGGGGGCACCUCUGUCUGGUAUCAUGUACUGCGGGGAGAAAAAAUCUUCUACCUGGUGCGCCCUACUACUGCCAAUUUGACGCUCUUUGAGACGUGGAGCAGCUCAUCCAAUCAAAACGAAAUGUUCUUUGGGGAUCAGGUGGACAGAUGCUAUCGCUGCCCUGUUCGUCAGGGCCAGACUCUCUUCAUACCCACAGGUUGGAUCCAUGCAGUACUGACCCCUGUUGACUGCCUGGCCUUUGGGGGCAACUUUCUCCACAGUCUGAACAUUGAGAUGCAGCUCAGGGCCUAUGAGAUUGAAAAACGCCUCAGCACAGCCGAUCUCUUCAAAUUUCCCAACUUUGAAACAAUCUGUUGGUAUGUUGGCAAGCAUCUCCUGGAUAUCUUUCGAGGUCUUCGAGAAAAUCGCAGACACCCAGCUGCUUAUUUGGUUUAUGGGGCCAAGGCCCUGAACACGGCCUUCCGCUCAUGGACUAAAAAAGAGGCCCUAACUGACCAUGAGGAAGAAAUCCCUGGGACAGUCCGCCCAGCACAGCUAAUCAAGGAUCUGGCUAAGGAAAUCAGACUUGUAGAAGAUAUAUUCCAGCAGAACAUUGGGAAGACGGGCAGUCCAUUUGGCCUUCAGAGGGGCACCCAACCUGGUACAGCUGCCAAAAAGGGAGACCAGAGCCCCAAGGAGCUGAGCAAGAAAGGGAGCAGGAAAGAGGUUGCCUCAGUCAAAGCCCUGGACCUGGAACUGCUACGCAAAUACAAGCGGCAGGCCCUGAAAGGCCUGGAGAGCCCUGCACAGGAAGAGCUUGACUUGCCAAGUUCCAGCAUGGAAGAUACAGACGCAGAACCUGAGCUGAUGGAAGAAGAGGUGACCCUGGUGGUGGCCAAUGGCCGGGGCACCAGGAAACUCAAGGCCUCGGAGCGCACCCGUGGCCGCAAAGGAGCACGCGCACAAGCCCCACCUAGCCCCUCUGACGCGGAAGGUGUUGAUAUUGAUUCGGAGGAGGAUUUGCAGAUUGAUGAGACACCUCGGCGCGAAAGGAGAAACCUAGUCCUGCACAAGAGAUUGGCCAAAUUUCCCCGAAAACUGCCUCGAGCCAAGCCUUGUUCUGACCCAAACCGGGUACGAGAACCUGGUGAAGUGGAGUUUGACAUUGAAGAGGACUAUACAACAGAGGAGGAAGAGGAUGCCUCUGGUGAUGACCAGUUGGAGGGCAGUGCUAGCGCUGCGGGGAUCCUGGACCUGCUCAAGGCCAGUCGGCAGGUGGGCGGCGCAGACUACGAUGAGCUCAGCGAUGCCCCUGCCUCCCCAAGUACUCAAGAAGCCAUUCAGGGCAUGCUGUGCAUGGCAAACCUCCAGGCUUCCUCACCAGGUGCCUCCAGCCUGCAGGCUUGGUUGGCCGCUGGGCACGAGCGUGGCUCCGCAGGCGCCUCUGGGACUCAGCGCUCAGGGAAGAGGCCCACUAAGCGCCCGGCCCAUCACAGCACCGACAGCGAGGAAGAGGCGAGCCUGGAUGAGCAAGAGAGCCUGGGAGCCUGCUUCAAGGAUGCUGAGUACAUUUACCCUUCCUUGGAAUCAGAUGAAGAUGACCCAGCCUUGAAGUCACUACCAAAGAAGAAGAAAUCUACAGAUGAUGCUCCAUGGAGUCCCAAGGCUCGGGUGACCCCAACAUUGCCCAAGCAAGUCCGCCCAGUACGUGAGGGGACGAGGGUGGCUUCCGUCGAGACUGGGCUGGCAGCUGCAGCCGCUAAACUGGCACAGCAGGAGCAUCAGAAGAUACAGCGGCGGAAACUUGUGAUAAAAAAGAAGCCACCAUCUCCAAAGGCACCCAGCCCAGAACCUGAGCUGGAGCCGGAACCAGAACCAGAACCAGAACCAGAACCAGUGGAAACAGAAGUGGAGCCAGAUCUGCCACCACCCCAACAGGAUCCAGAGCCGGGACUGGUGGUUCCUGUGCCCACUCCCCUGACACCUGAACCCAAGCAGGAACAGUUUGCUGGGAGCCUCGUGGAUCAUGAGUACACUGCGCGGCCCAAUGUCUUUGGAAUGGCCCAGGUGAACCGCGGGUCCACUCCCAUGGCGCCAGGUGUCUUCUUGUCUCAGCGACGCCCGUCGACUGGUUCACCGGGUGGCCCCCAGGCAGCACAGGGGAAACGCCCCAAGAAGGGUUUAGCAACAGCUAAGCAGCGACUCGGCCGCAUCCUGAAGAUCCACCGCAAUGGCAAACUGUUACUUUGAGUGCCACCCCCACAUCCCGCUCCAGACCUCAGGCCUCUUGGGCAGCGCGCAAUGGGUGAGGUACAGAGACACUUUGGGAGCCACUCCCUUGGCAGUGUCCUCAAAGAGCUGCCAGGACUAUGAAGUAUGGAGAAGGUCUGUGCUACCUCUCCCUUGUGUGGAUUAGAGUCAGGACUGAGCUGCCCCACCACAGGAAGCAUUGGACUCAAUGGGCAGCUGUUCUGACACUGAGCUGAACCACCCUGGUUUUCCCCAGAGUGGCAGGCAAUGCCAGAGGCAGAGGGCUUCGCCGUGCCCACUGACUCUUCAUCCCUACCUCGACCCACAGCAGUUCCCUUUUUUUCCUGGGGCUGAUACCUCUGUAUAAUUCUCCCCUCCCUCUGCCAAUUUCACACACAGGGAUGUCAGUUAGUCUUUAUUUUUCCUCCCAGCAGCUUCAACCACCCUUUGUAUUUUUGCUGAUGCACAUGAACCCUAGCAUGCCAAGGAGUGGUUUUGAUUACUUAUUUUUGUAAAUUGGCUUUUUCCCACAGGAAGCAACUGCACAUUGCCUUUGUUUAGCAGGUAGCUCUUCUUCCUUCCCACCCUUCCGUCCUUCACACACCUUUGAGAUAAGAGACAGAGGGGAACUUGUCCCUGAAUCCUAGAAAAACGCAAUACAGUAAGCUGGCAAAUUCCAGGAAGGCAGAUCAGAGAGUAAUGGUUUUGGAGAAUACAGUAGUGCUCUUCUUUGAGUAGUUCCAGUGGGUUGGUGGAUGAGGAACUAACUCCAGGUCCAAAAUACUCUCUCCACUAUAAAACGUCCAGUCAGAUAUUGGAAGAGAAGGAGCAGCAUCUGGUCAUGGUGGUGGAUUUAUGCAAAAUACAACACCUGUGGUUUCAUCAGAUUUAUUUGUAUCGGUUCCAAUUGUAAGUUGAGGGAAUGUCACAUAUUCAUAACCCCGCCUCUCCAUAUUCACAUUGUCCAUAUAUCAGAGUGGGCUGCAGCCUUCACUCUCAUGUGCCCAGCUGUCGUUGCUAAAGGAAAAUCUGCUUUAAUGUUUGCUGUAAUCAGAGAAGUCUUCUUGAAUACUCAGUCCCCUGCAUGCAGUUGGAAGGCCAGCACUUGUUACAUUGGAUGGGGCUGCUGAUCUCAGGGUCCAGGAGAAAGAGUAUCCCUUGAAGGUGACCCCCUGUAACAAGAGAUUUCCCAGUCGGCUUUGCAGGUGUUCCUGUUGCAGAUCUCUCCCGCUGUUAAUUCCCUCCCCUCACCCUGCUUUCCUGUUUGGCCAUAAAGCAGUCUUCAUUCCCUCUCCCCCAAACAGCGGCAGGGAGGGCAUCAUGCCCCCUAAGCGAGGACUUUACAAAAAGACAUUUCUACCCAGCUGCACGGCUCAGUUUAUAUGGCUGUGUACCAUAUUUUUAUGCCAGACUCCAGCCGGCUUUGUGUAAAUGUUUGAAUUCUAUUUUUAGGCAUCUCUCUAGAAAUCUGUGUUAACAAAACAAAACAAAUGAAGCUGAACCUUUUUUUAUAUAUUCAGGGUUAGAAUAAAAACCUUUAUUGGUUUAGUGUG